GCACCCCCGGUGGAGGAGGCAGUCUGCCACCCAGCGCCGUCCAGGGUGGUAGGAAGGAGAAUAGCUCAUCAGCCAUCGAAAGUUGGGAGCGUCUGGAACUCAGGCGGACUGUGAGAGCCAAACAGAAGAUGGGACUCUCUCCCCUCCUGAUAAUUGCCGCAACGCUCGGUGGUGCGCGGGCUGGCGCCUGUGACGAGCAGGAGCACGGCCGGCUUCCGCCUCUGCUGGUCACCUCUGCCGAGACGCCCACGGUUCACGCCUGGCCUGAGCAGAAGGUCGAGCUCCACUGCCGGCCGUCCCAGGCCGGCGGCUGUCGGUGGCUGAAGGACUCCAGAGAGCUGGGCACAGAGUGUCGUCUGAACACUACUGAGCGGGGCACGAUACGGUGUGUCCGCGGAGAGGAGACGUGCGGCGCCGUCACACUGAAAAACCCGAAAACGCAGCAUGUCGAACACACUCCACCGCCUGAUGUCGAUGACGAUUACGAUUACGAUUUUUGGUAUGAAGAUAGAAAUCAGUACCGAUCUUGGACGUACAGAGGCGAGACCCAAUGGAACCACAAGUCAUCGACGUUCCUGUGCUCCCGCUCAGGUUUCAUAAUUCUCAGAAGUAAUGUGUGUGAUGGAAUCAGACACUGCAUCGCGGGCGAAGACGAGUUGAACUGUUCGCCGCCAUGUGGACCGCCAUUGGCAAGCGAACAUACCAAACCCAUCGAUGUUAAGCGAGAGUACCUCAACGGCAGUCAAGUCACUUACGUCUGCGAGAGCGGUUUCAGUCUGGCCGAGUCUCUGAGCGGGCUUCGGCGAACUUGCCGCGCCGGCCGGUGGGACGGGGCCGCGUCCGUCUGCCGGCGCAAUAUCGCCCUAGGACAGCCAAUCACCGUCACUGGUUUGCCGAUGACAGACUGCAAAGCCGCUGUAGAUGGCUCGCUGGACACUUGGUGCAUGCUGGCACCCAGCGACGGCCCCCAGGCGCUGACUGUCCACCUGGAGGCUAACGCCACUGUGGAUAGGGUGCUGGUGCGUGCGCUUGGUACUCGCUCUGCCGUGGCGCUGCGGACGUUGAACAAGACCGUGACGUUGAACAAUGAGGUUGAUUGUCCGUGUCAAGAUCUGAACAGCGACAAGAUAACCCCGCCGGUAUCUGGAGGGCAAGUCUGUGUUUGCCCUGAGCAGGCGUCGACCGUCGGACAGUUCGAGGUGCGGGUGUCGGCCGAGAGAGGCGCCUUCCUGGCGCUCUCAGUGGCAGAAGUCGUAGUACUGGAGAGGUCCGACGAUGAUGAAGGAGACGAGUGCGCGCUCCUCGGUCAUCCAGCGCACGGACGUUACGAGCCAACACAGACGGGCACUGUCAAACUCUCGUGUGACCCGGGCUACAGCCCGUCCUGUUCCGAUCCUAUCCGGUGUUCCGACCUACAGAGCGGCACCACCCGUCUUAGCUGCGUGGCCGCAAAUUGUUCGUCACUGCCCACCAUCCCCCAUACGACGACCGGCCCGACGACUGGCACCGGUUGGCGCUCUGUGGUCGAGUACAACUGCGCAGCCGGCUACGCCCUGUACCCGUCCGAACAGAACACUACCUCGACAUGCGGCUCGGACAGCCUCUGGUCGCUCGGUCACGUCUCCUGUGUCUCCGAGACCGAUAUCCGCGUGGUGGCCAUGCGGCUGGGCGAGCAGCACGCGCGCAGCAUGGCCGCACUGCGCGCCGAGCUGGAGACCCUGCUGAUGGGCCUGAGGGCUGACCAGAACCGCACCCAGCAGCGGCUGAGCAAGCUGGAGCGCGAUAUGGCGUACCUGGGAGUGUAUCAAAGGAGAUAUCCGACGGAUGACGCUACCGAGCCCGCGCCCGAGGAACAGUAGCGCUUAACGCAGACAGACUGCUUCGAACCGCGCUCCGGUGACCCCAAACUCCAGAGGGCCGGCGAUACGAACUCAGCAGUUGGAGAUGGAGCAGCUGAGCCGUCCUUGCCGCCAGACAUGGAGCUGUUCCCUGGGGUCUACCCAUCCAUCCCCAGACACUUGCAUCUCUCUCUCUCUCUCUCUCUCUCUCUCUCUCUCUCUCUCUCUCUCUCUCUCUCUCUCUCUCUCUCUCUCUCUCUCUCUCUCUCUCUCUCUCUCUCUCUCUCUCUCUCUCUCUCUCUCUCUCUCUCUCUCUCUCUCUCUCUCUCUCUCUCUCUCUCUCUCUCUCUCUCUCUCUCUCUCUCUCUCCGAGGCUGAUUUGAGCCGUUCUGGGCUGGACUGUCACCACCAUGUAACCCGAGAAGCAAGAGAGCACGGUUUGCACGGGAGCUUAAAUGCCACCGCUGCGCGUCGUGCAGGGGACAAAAUACUCGACGUUGUUGCAUACCUGGCCGCUGUUCGGUUGUCAUCCAGCGCUGCCAACUAUACCAAUACCAACCUGCCUAUGUGGAUGUGUGUAGAAUUCACAAAACUGUGCAAGGCGACGAGUUUUGUCGCGUUGCAAACAGCUCUUUGUUAUAAACAAUAAAUACGAUUAUCACAAUUCGU